AAAGGGGGGAACAUUGCAGGGGUUCUUAUUCAUGCUAGAGAUGGGGGAGGGGGAGGGUCAGGGGUCUCAGCAUCACCUAUUUCUCAUGGGAGGGGAGGAAUCAUUGGGAAUGUGGUGGGAUGUUGGCUGGGCCUGUGUUCUACCAGGAGGGUGAUCAGUGAGGAAGUGGGGGAGACAUGGAAUGUCUCAAAACAGAAGUUCCCUAUUAUACUUUAUAAAAUGGAAAUCCUUUUUAGGAUUAAGACAAAAAUCCAGGAGAGAGCAGAAUAGCUGGUGUGGAAGUAGAGAUUUGCCUCAUAGAACUCAGUACACAUCUAACCUUCCUUCAGGUCUUUGGGGACAUUGACCCCUGGCUUAAGGGCCCAGAGUCUCAGUGGGAUUUGCUGUAAACAAGUCAGGUUCCAGUAUAUAUAUAUAUAUAUAUUUAUCUCUUUUUUCUAGGACUCAGGCCAAGGAAUAGGGAGAAACCUUCCAGAAUUCAGGGCCCAGAGGUCCUACCAGCCACCGUCACGGAUUCUGUAUUCUCCAGAAACUCUCAUGCUAGGGGAGCUAUGGCCCCUCCGGGAACUGGAGGUCUUACAGAAGGAGGCCAAACCUGAGCAGGAGAGGGCAGGAACUCAGGCAUUAGUGGGUACAGAGACCCCCAGGGACCACGAAGGGGAAAGUUCCCAGAGCUGGAGGGAGGAGACCUCAAAGGUUCAGAGAGAGAAAUUCCCAAGAACUCAAAAAGAGGAGAGGUCCCAGAUUCAGACCCAAAAUACCCAGAGGGAAGAAACCCCAAGGGCUCAGGGAGAGGAGACCCUGUGGACCCAGGUUCAAAGGGAGGAAACUCCAGAAGUCCAGAGGGGUGAGAUUCUCUGGACCCAAGUGGAGACUCCAGAAAUACAAAGAGAAAUUUCCCAAGCUCAGAGGGAGGAAACCCCAAAGGCCCACAAAGGGAAAAUUCCCCAAAUCCUAAUGAAAGAAACUGCUGAACCUCAGAGAGGAGAAACCUCCCAGGUCUGGCAUGAGGAAAUCCCACCAGUUCAGAAAAGGGAAAAACAGGUCUAUAGACAGAUUUUUCAAUGCCAAGGAAGUCAGUUCUUACAUUCCCUGGAAGGGGGCAAGUUGCAAUUCCAUGAAGAAGAGGUCUCACAGUUCCAGAAAGGGGAUAUUCUAAAAUUAUGGGGAAAGGAGAAUCCACAGGGAGGAUCUCAGGGAGAGAGUCCCAUUAUGCUUCAAAGAAAGGAGACCAAGCAGCCUCCCAAAGAGGAUACCCCUCCGUUUCCCCCAGAAGAGGACUCACAGUCCCAGGAAAAGGCAAUCUUGCAACCUCAGAGAAACAAGAUCCUACAGGGUCAAGGAGAGGCAAUUGCAUCCACCUGGGGAAUAGAAAUCUCAGGGUCCCUGGAAAAGGUCACCCCACAGCUCCGGGGUCAAGUGAAGCUGGGGGCUGUAUCAGAAGGGCAGUGGCUGCCAAGUCAGGAAACCAAACAAUUGAAGACCCCAGCACUGCACAGACCUGGGGAACAAGAUGAAGUCAGGCUGGGGACACUCUGUGGGCAGAGCCAGCAAGCCUUAGGAGCCAGUGGGAAAAAGGGACCAGAGCUAGUGGAGAACAGACUGAAGGACAUGGAAGAUGGCCGGUUUCAGCCACCAUCCCUGCUGCCAAAUCCCAGGGCUGUGGAGCUCAAGCAACGUCUCCGCAAUCCCCCUAGCAAGGAGUUGGUUUUCCUGGGUCUCACUCCGAGCCAGCAAGAGAAGACCCUGAAAAGGCUUCUGGAGCUACAGGGGGAGGCUGGAAGAAGGCACCAGAGGGACCGAGAACAGCAAAGGCUCAGGGUCCAGGAGCGCCUGUGCAUCGCCAGGAAUCGCCGCUCAGGGGAGGACCUCCUGAGGUCCCCGAUCACUCCCCCCCAGCCCCGAAUGCAGGCAAGUCCCUGGGAGAGGGGGGAAGGGAAGGAGGAGAAAGGCCCUGGUCUCAGGCUGAUGGGGGAGCAUCUGGCACUGCCGCCUGUUGCUGGGUGUCCUGGCUCUGCAGAGAACCAUGGGCUUACUUGGUCUCCGACCCACCAGGGCGACAUAGCCCGGCAGAGGUGCGCCCUGCGGGAGCAGCUGGAACAACGACACAAGGAAAGGACGGGGAUGCUGCGGGCCCAACGGGAGCGGAACACUAGAAAUUUCCAGGAGCUACUGCGACCCCAAAGGACUGGGGAGAACCGACUCCUCCCAGCUCUGGGCCAGCUCUCUUGGGGCCUGAGGAGGGUUAGUAGCCAAGGGGAUGAGGAGAAAGGCAGUGGAAUGCUCCCUGAUGGCCUGAAACCAGAUGGCAGCGGCACUGGCCAGAACUACAGAAAGGCCAGGGAUUUAACCAACCCCAAGUGCCCAGGAAACCCAGACAUAUACACCCACCACAGAGGGAGCCAGCUUUGCCCCACCUGA